AUGCCUCCCCAGGAGCUGCUGGAUUAUUCACCCGCCCUGCGAAGAAACAGCACCCCGAGGGGCAGUGGCCCACAGCUGGGCAUCAAAUGUGUCCUGGUAGGUGACGGGGCUGUGGGCAAGACCAGCCUGAUCAUUAGCUACACAACAAAUGGAUACCCUGAUGAGUACCAGCCCACUGCCCUGGACACCUUCUCAGUGCAGGUUCUGGUGGAUGGAGCCCCGGUUCGGAUCCAGCUCUGGGACACAGCUGGACAGGAGGACUUUGAUUGCCUCCGAUCACUUUGUUACCCUGACACUGAUGUCUUCCUUGUCUGCUUCAGUGUGGUGAACCCCAGCUCCUUCCAAAACAUUACUGAGAAAUGGAUCCCUGAGAUACGGACUCACAACCCCCAGGCGCCAGUGCUCCUGGUGGGGACGCAGGCUGACCUGCGGGAUGAUGUCAAUGUCCUCAUCAACCUGGACCGCUACCAUGGGAGGCCUGUGCCCAAGCUUCAGGCUGAAGGCCUGGCGGAGAAAAUCCGGGCACAGACCUACAUGGAGUGCUCAGCACUGACCCAAAAGAACCUGAAAGAAGUCUUUGACACAGCCAUUGUCAGUGCAGUGGAGCACAAAGCCCGGCAGGAAAAGAAGAUGACAGCCAAAGGGAUCAAAACCCUCUCCAAGUGCCGUUGGAAGAAGUUCUUCUGCUUUGUCUGA